GCACGUUUUAACUUCAAAAAGAACCCCCUCCUUUUGCGUGAAACUACGCUGUGAACGAGAUUACCUUUGAAAGUGUUGAACGGUUUGAGCCCGGGAGCUGGCCCGGCACCAUGAACGUUGAUGGCAUGGACAACGACACGCGAGGCUGGAUUAUGUCCAUAGUCAGCGGCCUAGCAUGCAUACUGGGUGCAACUGUUGUUUGCAUCGACAUUCCCAUUCGCCUCCUCCCGGGCAAGCAUCGCUUCCGAAUCCAGGAUAGCAAUGCCUUUCUCGCGUCUUCACUCAGCUUGAGCUUCGGCGUCAUGCUUUUCUCGGCGCUGUACAGCAUGCUCCCAUCGGCUAUGCGCUACCUCACUAAGGACGGAUGGGACGAGCACAAGGCCAGCUUCUUGAUGAUGGGCUGCUUUGUGGGGGGGUUUUUCGGCAUCCAGGCCAUCUCCCGAGUACUACACCAAUUUAUGCCGUCCCAUGUCGUGGACUGCGAUCAUACUCACGAUAGCCCUGUGGAUGAGGAGCAUGGUGCCCACCCCGUGCGGAAGGUGUCCUCGCAUACCGCCGCCGUAGACCGUCCAGAUAUGACCGAGACGGACCGCAGCGUCACCGAAACCACACCCCUGAUUCUUGCCAAGGUCCCGCCCAACGGCCAUAUGCAUACAGCACUUCCCAAUGGCAACACCGCGCCGGCAGUUGAGGCCGUCACGCACUUCAAUCACGAUGAUAGCGAACCAAGGCAAUAUACGCAAAUCAGGCGGAUGUCGAUGACCCAGGUCCGGAGUCGGGUCCUGUCCUUUUUCAAGGACACAAAGGCCAACUGCGACGAGGAGGGGCCGUGCUACGGCUAUUCAGACCCCUGCGGUCGCGAGUGCUUCAAGCACAUCGGCACGCGGUCGGCCCUCUCCCGGAUUGUCACGGCGCGACCAACAGCCGGUUCACUUCUACCGGACCUGGACACCACCCAAGACGCACACGACGACUCGACGCCAAGCCUACGGCACAACGUCACCCGCACCCACUCACUCGAUCUCGACAGCCAUUCCCAUUCCCAUUCCCAUUCCCAUCCUUACACGCACUCGCACUACAGCCAGUCCGAGGGCCUCGAGGACAGCGAAGCGCAGCACCACCACCACGUGCCAACCAACGCCUUCCUGUCGAUCGGGCUGCAGACGGUCAUUGCCAUCGCGCUGCACAAGUUCCCUGAAGGGUUCAUCACGUACGCGACUAACCACGCGAGCCCGUCGCUGGGCUUCAACGUCUUCAUGGCCCUCUUCGUGCACAACAUCGCCGAGGGCUUCGCCAUGGCCCUGCCGCUGUACAUGGCGCUCGGCAGCCGGCUCAGGGCCAUCUUCUGGUCCUCCCUCCUGGGCGGCUUCAGCCAGCCGCUCGGCGCCGCCGUCGCCGUCGCCUGGUUCAAGCUUGCCAACCGCUCCGACUUCGCCGUCGACGGUACCGCCUAUGGCUGCUUGUUCGCCGUCACCGCCGGCAUCAUGGUCAGCGUGGCGCUGCAGCUUUUUGUCGAGAGCCUCAGCCUGGACCAUAAUAGGAACCUGAGCAUCUUUUUCGCGUUUUUGGGCAUGACGCUUUUGGGAACGACGAGUGCGCUGGUUGACUAGAGUGUAGCGGCACUAUAUACGGGGAAAGAGUUUGGGUGUCUUUCUCUCUCUCUCUCUCUCUCCUUUUUUUUUUGGCGUUUCAAGGUCCAUGUCGGUUGGCAAGGUUUAUGAAGGUAUGAUGGAUACGCUCUGGUUUUUGCAGAUGGGUUGAUGGCGUCCGUUCAUUGAAGGUUCAUGUUGGGCUAGUACCGGGAUGAGCAUUGGUCGGUCGAACAUGCACAACCACUCUUGGGGGCGCGGUCAUGCAUCUAAACGACCCCUCUGCUCUGACACGUUACACGCAGGGAUGCUUCAUGUGUAGGUCAAUAAUCAUUUUGAAGGCAUGCACGAGGGGCCAUUAGCCGCAAUGGAGCAUUUCUAAGGGCACGGGCUUCAAAUCAUGAGUCCAUGAAACCUAAUAAGUGACCAAGAGAAAAGACACCGCAACUCAAGUAUGAAGGGAAACAUCUC